AUGAAGCCAAGAACUAAUGAAGUUUCUCGGAGGUCCAGAGGUUUGCAGGGGCAGGGGCAGGGCCCAAACUGGGUCCUUAUUGCCGGCAGUGCUCUGUUGAGUACAUUAUCAAUUCGCUUGGGAUAUAAGCUGAAGCAGGUCCUUGAUACUAGAAAGCCCGAAAAUAGUAAUAAUAGCUUAAAGGGGAAAGGAAAAUCUACCGAUGAGAAUAAGUCGAGGAGCUUCCAUUUGCAUUCAAGUGCUUAUUGCUUUCCCAACCAUGUGAAUGGUUGCUAUAAUAGUUAUUCAGGAUCAAGAAACGUGAUUAAAAUAAAACAGCAGGCCAAUGACCAAAUGGUGCCAGAACAUGAAAUGGUUCUUCCUUUAGCGACUCAACCUGCUCCCGAGUUUAGCAAAGAAAAUGGUGUUUUAUGGGCAUCUUCUCCCGAUUGUCUUGAGCUGCCUCAGAAGCCAUUCCACCAAUCAAACAGCUCAGACUCGCUAUGUGUCUCUGAAUCUGGAUCUGAUAUUUUCAGUAAGCGAGAAGUUAUUCAAAAGCUGAGGCAACAGUUAAAGAGAAGAGAUGACACGAUUCUUGAAAUGCAGGAUCAAAUUACAGAACUUCAAAACUCUCUUAACUCUCAGCUUUCAUGUUCUUCCCAUCUGCAAUCUAUGCUGGAUGCUGCAAACAGGGAUUUGUUUGAUUCAAAUAGUGAAAUACAGAGACUAAGAAAGGCAAUUGCGGAUCAUUGUGUGCAACAUAUAGAUUCUAGAGACAUGCCCCCUGCAGUUCCCAUAUGGCCACCUGAAGGGAGGAAUGGCCAUGCAAACGAGUAUCUUGAAGUUGAAAACAAUUUAGUGUAUCCGAAAACAGGUAAAGGAGAUAGGGAAAAGAUUGAACAGCUGAAGAGGGAAGUGAGCGAGUUGAAGGAAGUGAUAGAAGGAAAAGAAUACCUGCUGAGUAGCUACAAGGACCAAAAGGCCGAGCUCUUGAUGAAGAUCAAAGAGUUGCAGCAGAGAUUGGAUUCUCAACUUCCAAAUAUUUUGUAG